GCCGCUGGGCUGGAGCGCGUGAGCCGGGCGAAGCUGGGGCCGGCGCUGCAUAGGCUGAGCGAGGCAGGAGGCGGUCGAGCCUCCCCUCAGGACUUCCGCGUGGCGCUCAUGCAGGCGGAGCCGUACCUCACGCACAGCCAGCUCGAGUGGCUCGUGGCGCUGACGGACAAGGAUGGGGAGGGCCGCCUGUUCCCCCGCAGCCUCCUCGCGCGCCUCGGCGACGGGUCCACCCCGAUGUCCCCAGCGGCCCGAGGCUCCGCCGUGGCCCCCGCCUACGGGCUGGGCCCGCGGCUGCUGCCGCGGCGGCCCGCCGGCCCGCGUGCCCGCCCCGACCUUCCCCGCCGCCGCCGUGCACGCGCGCCGAGGGUUCGGGGGGCUCCCAGCCGGCGCGGUAACCACACAACGGUGCCACUACCGCCGCGCACGCGGCGCCGACGGGUCGUGGGCCCCACGGCGGUGCGGUGA